UAGAACAAUAUGUCUCGUGUUCCUUCUGUCCUUAGCCCUACCGAAGAAGACAUCCAACUCUUGUUGAGCGCUCAAUGCCAUAUUGGUGCCAAGAAUGUUAACACCCGUAUGACUCCUUACGUCUAUAAGCGUCGUGCUGAUGGUGUCAACUUGAUCAACCUCGGCAAAACCUGGGAAAAGCUUAUUUUCGCUGCUCGUGUGAUUGCUGCUAUUGAAAACCCCAAGGAUAUUGUUGUGAUCUCUGCUCGUCCUUACGGUCACCGUGCUGCUUUGAAGUUUGCCAAGUACAUUGGUGCCGAAGCCAUUGUUGGUCGUUUCACUCCUGGUACCUUCACCAAUUACAUUACUCGUUCUUUCCGUGAACCUCGUUUGGUGAUCUGUACUGAUCCUCGUACUGAUUUCCAAGCCAUCAAGGAAGCCUCUUAUGUCAACAUCCCUGUUAUUUCUUUGGCCGAUACUGAUGCUUUGCUCCAAUACGUUGAUGUUGUCAUCCCCACCAACAACAAGGGUAAGCAUGCUCUUGGUUUGAUCUACUGGUUGUUGGCUCGUGCUGUCCUCCGUCUCCGUGGUUCUCUUGACUACACUACUCCUUGGGAUGUCAUGGUUGAUAUGUUCUUCUACCGUGAUCCUGAAGAAAUCGAAAAGGAACAAGAAGCUGCUGCUUUCGAAGAAUCUGGUGAAUUCAAUGCCGAACUCGCUACCGCUGAAUGGGGUGUGGAAGGUGCUGCUGCUGAAGGUGUUGCUGGUAUCGCUGCUGCUGCUGACUGGAACGCUCAAGCUGCCUCUUCUGACUGGGCUGAUGAUGCCGCUGCUCCUUCUUCUUGGGAAGCUUAGAUGGAUGAUCUCUACUUUAGAUAUAUCAUCUAAUAUGCAUAAUUUCAUUCCAUCUUUCUUUUUUCCUCAUUUACUUAGUCUAUUAGUAUAAUUUUAUUGUAGACGAAAUAAAAAUUGAUCCUUUCGAAU